UAUUGGGUUUAUAAAAGAGAAUAAAACACUGCGUAGCCAAGAAUUUUCAAUCAAAUCUGACGCUAAAUGUAGUCAGUUACAGAAAUUUUCAAAAAUGAUAGUGGUGCUUUUUUGACUUUUAGAUUUGUAUUUUGGAUGUAAAAUCUAUGAAGUGUUAUUGCUUAAAAGUUUUCAGAGACUAAAGUAAUAUUCUCUUCGGGUAUCUAUUUAAUCCUUGAUCUUAUAUUAUCUAGAGAUACGGAAUCAUGGAUGUGGGUGAUCAACCUCAUCAUAAUCUUAGAACAAGGCAUAGCUUCUACAUAUCAAAAGGGCCCAAAGACUCAGCAUAUAAAGAAUCAAUAUGUAAAUCAGAAGUCAAUGUUCCGCAAGAAUUCAUUGUAAGACCGAACAGCUCUGGAGAGACACACGUCACCUUCAGUAGCCUUGGAGAAUACUAUAAGAAAUAUGAACACGAUGAGGUACCUGUAAAAGAUUCCAGUUUAGAAGAGGUUACAGCAACAGUACGCCACAAGUCGUUAACAAAUUCUGAACUUGAUAAAUUAGAGAUUAAAAUAUACAGGAACAUAUCACAAGAGCUUCAAACUGAUGAUAACUCGGUCGGUAGCUUAGAGUCUAAUAUCAAGUUUUUCAGAACGACCGUCCAAGAGAUUUUUGAUAAUUUCUACGCCAAUAUGCGCGAUUUCGAAAUUUAUAAAAAAAGAUUUAACGAAAUCCUUGCAAAGAAUAAAGAGGACGCGGUGGCUGAUAUGGAAGAGUUCAUUAAAGACAUGAUUCAACACAUAAUGUCUUCAGAAACAGUAAUUCCGACUGAGGCCAAGAAAAGUAAUGAGAUUCCGCCGCCGCCGCCCUCUAUGGCAUUUAGAGACAAGGAGACAAACGUUAGCAGCUUCGACGAUGGAUCAAGUAAUGACAUGACUGUUUCAACCAACGAAAAUUUGCAAUCGGUAAUCGAAUCUUACAAAAAUGAUAACUAUCUUACAGACUCUACCUUUGAUGAGAAUUCAACAAAGGCGAAACCUCCUCCAACUAAGGAAGAGAUCUUCAACAUUUACCUUCUAACGGGAAAUCCUUGCGUGGAAAUUAAAAUGAAUGAUCGAAAUCUGUUAUCUGAAAUCAACAUUAAAGAGCCGUUAAAAAUGAAAAACGAAGGUAAACACGUUGCGUCUGCAGAUAACAUGGAAAGACUGAAAGCUAAGAAGAUGGAGCUGGAGAAGUACGUGGAGCGCCAGGCACAGGACGCGAACGUACCAGAUAGAGAAAUACCUGUCAAAGUUUCAUACGCGAAGAAGAAUAUACAUCUCAAUGAGGACUUUUCCCAUGAUCGUGACACUGAAAAAUCCUUUAUAGCUAAACUCUGUAAUUUUUUGUGCAGAAAAUUCCGUAAAACGACUUGAAGUCGCUGUUUUAUAUUUUUGAUAAAAUAAAUGCGUUGUUAAUAUUCAA